CCACCUACCAGCUCACGGAAGAAGGCGCCUUUAAGAUAGUGGAUGAAGAAGCCACGGGGAAGGCGCGUCCUCUGCCUGGCAUGGGGACGGCAGAACCAGACGGUGCCCUGGAUCCCUCUGGACCCCCCGGCUGCAGACCUGACCCGGGACCCCAGUUACAGUCAGGCGUGGGCCCUGCCACACCUGCCGGCUCCGCGGUUCCACCAUGCCCAGCAGUCAGGCUGCAUUGCGGUGAAUUUCUGGUACGACGUGGAGUAUGAUGACCUGGAGCAUAGUUCCUUCCAGCCGCUGGGCUGUCACCGUGGCUGCUGGAUCAACUGGUGGAGCCCGCCUUCGGAAGAGCAGGAAGAGCCCCCGGCCCUGAGUGCCCAGCCCCAGGCCCCACCCCCGGCCCCCCAGCUCCAAGGGUGGCGCAGCGCAGAGGCGGCUUUGAAGGCGAAGGUGCCUGGAACGUGCCUGCUCACCGUGCGUGUCCUGCAGGCCCACGGGCUGCCUUCCAAGGACCUGCUCACCCCCUCUGACUGCUACGUGACUCUGUGGCUGCCUGCGGCCUCCAGCCACCGGCUGCAGACGCGCACCGUGAAGAACAGCCGGAACCCCGUCUGGAAUCAGAGCUUCCACUUCCGCAUCCACCGCGAGCUCAAGAAUAUCAUGGAACUGAAGGUCUUCGACCAGGACCUGUUGACCCAAGACGACCCGCUGCUGUCCGUGCUGUUUGAUGUGGGGACCCUGCGAAUGGGGGAGUCCCGGCGCCAGAGCUUCUCGCUGAGUUCUCAGGUGCAGGAGCGGCUGGAAGUCGAAUUUCGUCUGCAGAGCCUGCCAGCUGAGGCGGAGCGGCUCACCAGCAACGGCAUCCUGGUAGCCCGGGAGCUGUCGCGCUUGCAUGUUCAGCUGGAGCAGAUGGGGCCCCCAAAAGAGUCAGAGGGCAAGGUCCAGCUGGUGCUUCCCGGCGCCUGUGAGGGCUCCCAGGAGGCCUGUGUGGGCACCGGCUCGUUCUGCUUCCACUGCCCGGCCUGCUGGGAGCCGGAGCUGAGCAUCCACCUGAAGGACGACCCCCAGCAGCGGCUGACGGUGCCCCUGCAGGCUCUGCCCUCCCGCCAGUCGGUGCGGCUCGUCUUCCCCACGUCCCAGGAGCCCUUGAUGAGGGUGGAGCUGAAGAAGGAAGAGGGACCCGGGGAGCUGGCCGUGCGGCUGGGCUGUGGGCUGUGCCCGCAGGAGCAGGCCUUCCUGCGCAGGAGGAAGCAGGGGGUGGCCAAGGCCCUGAAGCAGGUCCUGCAGCUGGAUGGAGACUUGCAUGAGGAUGAGGUCCCAGUAGUAGCCGUUAUGGCUACUGGCGGCGGCACCCGGGCGAUGACUUCCUUAUACGGGCAGCUGGCCGGCCUGAGGGAGCUGGGCCUGUUGGACUGCGUCUCCUACAUCACGGGGGCCUCGGGCUCCACCUGGGCUUUGGCCAACUUGUAUGAGGACCCAGAGUGGUCUCAGCAGGACCUGGCAGGGCCCACCGCGUUGCUAAAGGCCCAGGUGACAAAGAGCAAGCUGGGUGCGCUGGCCCCCAGCCAGCUGCAGCGGUACCGGCAGGAGCUGGCCGAGCGCGCCCGCCUGGGCCAUCCGCCCUGCUUCACCAACCUGUGGGCCCUCAUCAACGAGGCCCUGCUGCAUGAGGAGCCCCAAGACCACAAACUCUCAGAUCAACAGGAGGCCUUGAAUCGUGGCCAGAACCCUCUGCCUAUCUACUGCGCCCUCAACGCCAAGGCGCAGGGCCUGACGACCUUUGAAUUUGGGGAGUGGUGCGAGUUCUCCCCCUACGAGGUGGGCCUGCCCAAGUACGGGGCCUUCAUCCCCUCCCAGCUCUUCGGCUCUGAGUUCUUCAUGGGGCGGCUAGUGAAGGAGCUCCCCGAAUCCCGCAUCUGCUUUCUGGAAGGCAUCUGGAGCAACCUGUACGCCGCCAGCCUCCAGGACAGCCUGUACUGGGCCUCAGAGCCCAGCCAGUUCUGGGACCGCUGGGCUCAGGACCGAGCCAGCCUGGACAAAGAGGAGGUCCCCCAGCUAAAGAUGGAGGAGCCGCCCACAGCAGCCGGCAGGAUCGCCGGGCUUUUCACCGACCUCCUGACAAAGCGGCCGCUCGCCCAAGCCACCCACAACUUCCUGCGCGGCCUCCAGUUUCACAAGGACUAUUUCCAGCACCCGCACUUCUCCGCCUGGAAAGCUACCAAGCUCGAUGGCCUCCCCAACCAGCUGACGCCCGCGGAGCCCUUCCUGUGCCUGCUGGACGUGGGCUACCUCAUCAACACGAGCUGCGCGCCCCUCCUGCAGCCCGCCCGGGACGUGGACCUCAUCCUGUCACUGGACUACAACCUGCACGGAGCCUUCCAGCAGCUGCAGCUGGUGGACAGGUUCUGCCAGGAGCAGGGGAUCCCGUUCCCCCACAUCUCACCCACGGCGGAGGAGCAGCGCGAGCCUCGGGAGUGCCACGCCUUCCAUGACCCCGCCCGGCCCGAAGCCCCUGGCCUGCUGCACUUCCCUCUGGUCAACGCCUCAUUCCGAGAGUUCUCAGCCCCCGGAGUGCCACGGACACCCGAGGAGAAGGCGGCCGGGGAGGUGAACCUGUCUCCUGCGGACUCCCCCUACCACUACACAAAGGUGACCUACAGCCCAGAGGACACGGACAAGCUCCUGAGCCUGACCCGGUACAACAUCCUCUGCAGCCGGCCACAGCUGCUCGAGGCUCUGCGCCAGGCCGUGCAGCGGCGCAGGCAGCGCAGGCCCCGGUGAUGGCGGCAGGUGAGGCCUCCGCCCCGCCCAGGGCCGGGGAUGGGAGCCGGGGACCCGGCUCAUGCUGUAGCUUGGCCCGGCCACCUCCCUGGAGGAGCAGGGGAGGAUGUACUCCUGGUAGAGGUGGGGACAAAAGGGCACACUCUGUGUACAUGAAUUCAAAGCUCUUUAUAGACAGACAGUGUGGUGUGCGGUUCUUGCAGGUGCACGCAGCCCGGGCUCCCGGGGAAGGGGCCUGGCGCACACAGAUCUUUGCCCAGACACGGACAGAAAGGAGAGGCCACAGUCGGGAGGCUAUGUUGUCACACGAAAACACCAAGAGAGCACUGACAACACUAACCACGUGGCCACGGGGAGGGCGGGACUCCUCACAGAAGCAGUGUCCAAGCAGCCAGGGAGGGACAGACAGACGCACGCCUGCGCCUGCGGGCCUCACUGCAGCACGCGGUUCGUCAGGGCCCGGGUCUGUCAGGAGAACAGAGUAAGCGACUCUGCCUUGCAGUCCAGGUUCUGGAAAGUCACGGAGCAGCCAGGGGACAGAGUGAGCCAGCACUAGGGGCCCAGCCCUGUCGGCCUCAUCGGGGACAUAGUGGAGGAUUGAAGCCGACCCCGGGACCCGCGAAAGCAGGGCGUGCCCCGCUGCCCCGCACCCAGGACAAGGCAAGCUCUCCCUCCCUGCCGGGACCCUCUCCAGAGCCCCUCAGCCAGGCGCUGCUGGAGCCGACGUCUCCUCCCCGGGGGACGGCGUGUGCUCAGCCCAUGCUCUCACUCUGGACCUGGAGGUCAAAGGGCUCUGUGGAAGCCACCUAGGGACAGAUGAGGACCGGGUCACAGAUUUCCCUCCUGUCCUGUUCCCUGAGUCUCAUCUCCAGUCCCCCAGAUUCCAUCUUGGGCCCCUCCCCACGCUGUCUGACUUCUCCAGCCUCGCAGCUGAGGGCUGGCGUGGUGGCCCCCCAGCAGCUGGCCUGGCACCUGCCGGGUGAGGGGCGGGGUCGCCCUUGUCCACAGUGCCCGGGGCUCUGCACCCUGCACUGGAGCGGCUGCUGCUGCUGCGGCCUGGCACCCACUCCUUUGCCCCAGGGCUGUGCAACCCGGGGCUGAGGUACUGGGCCCGGUGCCAACAGCGAUGAGCCCCCGUGUGGAAGGUAGGCCCUGCCCGCUUCAUCCCACGCCCUGGGCCUCCAUGCCCUGCUCAGGGUGCGGGCUGGGGUCCGGCUGCGCACGUGCUAGUAACAGUGAGCAGGGCGGGGUCCAGUGGGGACCCCCGGCUGCAGGUCCCCCAUCUCAGCUAGCUGUGUGCCUGCCCCGUCUUGGGAGAGGCUGGGGGUCCCAGCCGAGCAGCCGGGCCACGGGUCCUGGCGGUCUGGCCUCUCCUACCACGACAAGGGCCGUCUCUCUCCCUCUCUGCACCUGUCCACAGCGGCGCCCGGGCUUGCGGGGCAUUGGAUAGAGAAGGGGGGUCCUGAGGGGAGCACUAGGGAGGCGUGGGGAGGACUCGGGCUGGCCGUGCCCAUCCCAGCC